CUGCUGUCAGCGCUGUACAACACCAACUUGUACUGCUACCACGACGUGCUGCUGUGCCAUAGCUAUUUCUUUCAAAGGUCCUUUGUUAUUCAUUACAUCCAGCCAUUAAGUCUCAUUCAAGCUUUCAUAUCUCUUUGUUAUAACAGCUCUUUCGGAUGACUAGUUCGGGCAACAAUGAUGCAAUCUUGCAACCAUCGAUAGCUGUGGGAACAGAAGAACAGGAGGGAGAUUUCUUAUCGACGACGAAGACAUUCGAUUUCGCGAUCGUCAGUGAUGAUGAUGAUGAUCCUGAGCUUGAUCUUCCGUCCCAAGUAACGAAUCCACCAAACUUCACGGCCCCAAGCGAUGUGCAGCCUCAAGUUCUAAGACCGCCCUCUCAACAACCCACCGUAGAAACACUCCAGUCACUCGGCAUUAAAGUACGAGAUUUUGCGUAUGAAAGUACUUUGCCACCCAUCGCGCCUGUUCCGCGAGUACCACGCCAGACUCAGCCUAGUGCAAGAUCGCUGAAACGUACCAGAGGAGACUGGGAAGAAGAAGAAGAAGGGCCAUCGCAUUCCUCACGCCCUCAAUUCGGACGCGAAGCCACUAAUGCUGGCACAGCAAGCAGCAAGCCCGAGUCUCUUGUGCGAAAAGCCACUGAGCCACUUGAAUUUAACCCUGCGCCCGCUUCAAAGCGCGCUAUGGGACGCGCAGACUUGAGCAAACCUGUAUAUGGAAGCCAAUUACCGUUCCGUACACCCCGUUGUGCCCUUAAAACCCAUCGCACGCCGCCGAGAAGAUUUUCUACAACUCCGCUAACUUCCCCCCUGUUUGGGUCGCCGUCAGAAGAGCCGUCUCAGGGGGGAUCACAAGAGUCGGAGUUAGUGAUGACACCUGCUGGACCGGUGUCCUGGCAUAUCGAAGACACCAGCUCGAUACCCGCUUCACAAAUGGACACAGACUCGUUGGCUUUUGUGCCAGAAGAAAUAUCUUAUUCCCAGCUAGGGCUUUCGUCUCAGUUUUCACCACUUGCCACGUCGCUUUCUACUGUCAUACGAUCUCCUGUCACCCCUAGUCGCGUUUCGCCACCAUCUCAGGGAGGUGGUACCUUGGAGUCGUCGCAUGUUAUUCCACAAACACUAAAUUCCAGCCGAGAACUCAAACGUGGCUUGAAAGCUAAGACGACCAAAAUUUCCACCCAGACGUCCCCUCGUUACCUGCUGCGUCGACGAUCCCUGUUAUCCGUUCAUGCUCCCACACGUUCACGGUAUCCCCAUCCACUGACUCCCACGAAGAAAGGAAGCCCAAAGGGUUCUCCGCAACCUCGCUGUAGACGUUUGCAGCGGCCUGUGCUAACGAGGUGAAUUCUAGCUGACUAGAUUCGGUUGAUGAUUGCACAAGUUGGAUGGGUUUAAAUUAUUUCUAUUGCUGUUGUUUCGACAUACAUUCGAGGAGUACACGGUCCGCAGUGAUGCUCCAUGUAGUUUUACAUUCCCGGUAGUUGAUGGACGAUUUCAUGUACACGUGUACCGCUAUUAAUCAGGAUUCAAGACCGCAGAGUGAUGUUCUCGUCUUCUUGCUAUUUUGACUUGACCUGUGUGGAACGGCGAACGUGUAACUAUAUAUAUGGUAAUGAUGAGAAUGGGUUGACUGAAGCAGAA